AUGCUGCGCGCCGCACUGCCGCUGCUCUGGCUGCCCCUGGCGGGGGCGGGAGCAACCGAAGAGCCCACCCAGGAGCCGGGGGCGCCGGGGGAGCCUCCCCCNNNGUUGGCGCUCUGCCGCUGGCAGUGGCACGAGGUGGAGGCGCCCUACCUGGUAGCCCUCUGGAUCCUGGUGGCCAGCCUGGCUAAAAUCGUGUUUCACUUGUCUCGGAAGGUGACGUCUCUGGUCCCUGAGAGCUGCCUGCUGAUUUUGCUGGGACUGGUGCUGGGGGGCAUUGUCUUGGCUGUGGCCAAGAAAGCUGAAUACCAGCUGGAGCCAGGCACCUUCUUCCUCUUCCUGUUGCCUCCUAUCGUGCUGGACUCGGGCUAUUUCAUGCCUAGCCGGCUAUUCUUUGACAACCUGGGCGCCAUCCUCACCUACGCUGUGGUGGGCACACUCUGGAAUGCCUUCACGACAGGUGCUGCCCUCUGGGGCCUGCAGCAGGCUGGACUUGUGGCCCCUAGAGUGCAGGCUGGCUUGCUGGACUUCCUGCUGUUUGGGAGCCUCAUCUCAGCAGUGGACCCCGUGGCCGUGCUGGCUGUCUUUGAGGAGGUGCACGUCAACGAGACCCUCUUUAUCAUCGUCUUCGGCGAGUCCCUGCUCAACGAUGCAGUUACCGUGGUGCUGUACAAGGUCUGCAACUCUUUUGUGGAGAUGGGCUCUGCCAACGUGCAGGCCACUGACUACCUGAAGGGAGUCGCCUCCUUGUUUGUGGUCAGUCUGGGCGGGGCAGCCGUGGGCUUAGUCUUUGCCUUCCUCCUGGCCCUGACCACACGCUUCACCAAGCGGGUCCGCAUCAUCGAGCCUCUGCUGGUCUUCCUCCUCGCCUACGCAGCCUACCUUACUGCUGAAAUGGCCUCGCUCUCCGCCAUUCUUGCGGUGACUAUGUGUGGCCUGGGCUGUAAGAAGUACGUGGAGGCCAACAUCUCCCAUAAGUCCCGCACAGCUGUCAAGUACACAAUGAAGACUCUAGCCAGCUGCGCUGAGACCAUCAUCUUCAUGCUGCUUGGCAUCUCGGCCGUGGACUCUUCCAAGUGGGCCUGGGACUCUGGGCUGGUGCUGGGCACCCUCUUCUUCAUCCUGUUCUUCCGAGCCCUCGGCGUAGUCCUGCAGACGUGGGUGUUGAAUCAGUUCCGGCUGGUCCCUCUGGACAAGAUUGACCAGGUGGUGAUGUCCUAUGGGGGCCUGCGGGGGGCUGUGGCCUUUGCUCUCGUCAUCCUCCUGGACAGGACCAAGAUCCCUGCCAAGGACUACUUUGUAGCCACCACUAUUGUGGUGGUCUUCUUCACAGUCAUCGUGCAGGGCCUGACCAUCAAGCCACUGGUCAAGUGGCUGAAGGUGAAGAGGAGUGACCAUCACAAACCUACCCUGAACCAGGAGCUGCAUGAGCACACUUUUGACCACAUUCUGGCUGCAGUGGAGGACGUUGUGGGGCACCAUGGCUAUCACUACUGGAGGGACAGGUGGGAGCAGUUUGAUAAGAAGUACCUGAGUCAGCUGCUGAUGCGGCGGUCAGCCUACCGCAUCCGGGACCAGAUUUGGGAUGUGUACUACAGACUCAACAUCCGGGAUGCCAUCAGCUUCGUGGACCAGGGAGGCCACGUCUUAUCCUCCACCGGGCUCACUCUGCCCUCUAUGCCCAGCCGCAAUUCUGUGGCAGAGACCUCUGUCACCAACUUGCUGAGGGAGAGUGGCAGUGGAGCAUGUCUGGAUCUGCAGGUGAUUGACACAGUACGCAGCGGCCGGGACCGUGAGGAUGCUGUGAUGCACCACCUGCUCUGUGGAGGCCUUUACAAACCUCGCUACAGGUACAAAGCCAGCUGCAGCCGCCACUUCAUCUCUGAGGAUGCGCAGGAGCGCCAGGACAAGGAGGUCUUCCAGCAGAACAUGAAGCGGCGGCUGGAGUCCUUUAAGUCCACCAAGCACAACAUCUGCUUCACCAAGAGCAAGCCACGACCCCGCAAGGCCGGCCGCAAGAAGAAGGAUGGCAUGGCUAACACGGAGGCUACAAAUGGGAAACCUCCUCGAGACCUGGGCUUCCAGGACACAGCUGCUGUGAUAUUAACCGUAGAGUCUGAGGAGGAGGAGGACAGCGACAGUUCGGAGACAGAGAAGGAGGACGAUGAAGGGAUCAUCUUUGUGGCUCGGGCUACCAGUGAGGUUCUCCAAGAGGGCAAAGUUUCAGGGAGCCUUGAGGUGUGCCCAAGCCCACGCAUCAUACCCCCUUCCCCAACCUGUGCAGAGAAGGAGCUGCCCUGGAAGAGUGGGCAGGGGGACCUGGCAGUCUACGUGUCCUCAGAGACCACCAAGAUUGUGCCCGUGGACAUGCAGACAGGCUGGAACCAGAGCAUCUCGUCCCUGGAGAGCCUGGCAUCCCCGCCCUGUACCCAGGCCCCACCUAUGACCCGCCUGCCUCCCCGCUCACUGGUCACUGAAGAGCCCCAGGCCCCUCUCAACCUGCCUUCUGAUCUACGCCCUAGCUUUGCCUUUCCCACGAGCCUGGCCAAGGCUGGCCGCUCUCACAGCGAGAGCAGUGCUGACAUCCCCCAGCAGCAGGAGCUGCAGCCCCUCAUGGGACACGAGGACCACACUCAUCUCAGCCCAGGCACCGCCAACUCCCACUGGUGCAUCCAGUUCAACAGAGGUGGCCGGCUGUAG